AGGCCCCGUAAAAAGCUGAGACGCCGCAACGACUGUUAUGUCGUGCAGUGUGGGCGAGCUGCCGUCCGGGUGCCGGCUACGCGGCUCGUCCUCCGCGUCAGCGCACGCCGGCACGACGGUGGGCAUACCGCCGGUCGUGGCGGUCGUAAGUGACGGAGGAUCGAAUACUGCAUCGAUCGCAUCGCACGGCGGUAACGCGACCAGCGGCGGCAGACGGGCGCCCAACGGAAGGCCAUGCUGUCUGUGCUGGUGCUGUUGCUGCAGCUGUUCCUGUUUGGCGAUAACGCAAAACGGCGAAGCUGGCAGUAACGAACCGACUCGGAGGGCUUACGACCCGGCUACAUCCGCUCUAUUCAACUGUGAUAAUGAACCCAUACCAACGCUGGACGAUGUUGCUGGAUGGGGAACGUCGUUUGAAAAUUUGAUGAAAUGUGCAGCUGGGCGCGUUCUUUUCCGCGAGUUUCUGCGUUUUGAGUACUCCGAAGAGAACGUGCUGUUUUGGGCAGCAUGCGAGGAGCUCAAGCGCGAAGUAAGCCCGGAAGCGGUCGAAGAGCGGGCGAGAGCCAUUUAUGAGGAAUACAUCUCUGUGCUGUCACCGAAAGAGGUAUCUCUAGACUCUGCGGUGCGAGAUAUUGUUAAUAAAAAUAUGAUGCAGCCAACACCACAUACGUACGACGAAGCUCAACAACAGAUUUACACUCUCAUGCAAAGGGACUCGUAUCCGAGAUUCGUAACGUCAAGCAUAUAUAAAAAUUUGUUGGAAAAAACGAAACUGCAGCAUCAAGAACAAACUGGUACUGGAAACAACCAAAAACAACAAACCGAACCAAGUCCAAAGGAUGAUACUAAAAUGCUGUCAGGGCAUCGGUCAUCAUCGUAACCAUAUUCCGAUCAUUUUAACAAUUUUAGUGAUUUACCUUUUUUAACAAUAGAACACCUGAUAAAAUCGAUUACCAGAUCGAUACUUUUCUUGGUCGUAAGACGUGAGUAUAGUUUUGUUGGCAUACACAUUUGAUCCAAUCAAGGUUGUCAAAUAUCAUCGAAGAUAGUGAAAAUGACAAAAUUGGAAUUUUCAUGGUUUUUACAUUUUACUUCGUCUAAGAAGUUUAAUAAUAGCGAUUGCAUAUUAUAUACAAAUGUGUUUUUGCUAUAUAGUACCACUUCUUAAAGCUUUACCAAAAGAAAAGGAAUUGAGUUUUAUCAUGAACGGAACAUGGAA